AGAGUGAGUGGAGCUAUGGAAAUGGCGAUUGGCUUCAACAGUUGCUCUUGUUCCUCCUUCUCUAUUCCCAACCCUAAUACUAGAACCAUUUCUUCUUCUUCUUCUGCUGUUCCACUCUCCAAGCAACUCUUUGGUCUCAGCUUAUCUUCUUCUAAUAGCUCAGUCCCUCAUUCAUUUUCAACCGCCAAAACUGCUCUUAAAUUUCGUUCUGGGAAUUCAAUCAGCAGAAAACCAAUCAAGUGUUCGGUUUCUGAAGCUACUGAAGCAGCCACUGAGAAGAAGAGUCAGUUGAAGAGAAGAAGUGAUAUAAGAAACAUAGCAAUUGUUGCUCAUGUUGAUCAUGGAAAGACAACUUUGGUUGAUGCUAUGUUGAAACAAUCAAAGGUGUUUCGUGAUAACCAAUUUGUGCAAGAAAGGAUAAUGGACUCAAAUGAUAUAGAGAGGGAAAGGGGAAUUACAAUUCUUAGCAAGAAUACUUCUAUUAUGUAUAAAGAUACAAAAAUUAAUAUCAUUGAUACUCCUGGACAUUCUGAUUUUGGAGGUGAAGUGGAGCGUAUUCUUAAUAUGGUGGAAGGGAUUCUUCUAGUGGUAGAUUCUGUGGAGGGUCCAAUGCCACAGACAAGAUUUGUUUUGAAGAAAGCUUUAGAGUUUGGUCAUGCUGUUGUUGUUGUUGUCAACAAGAUUGAUAGGCCUUCAGCUCGACCGGAUUUUGUCAUUAAUUCCACUUUUGAACUUUUCAUUGAACUUAAUGCAACAGAUGAACAGUGUGAUUUUCAAGCAAUAUAUGCAAGUGGCAUUAAAGGAAAAGCAGGUUUGUCUCCUGAAAAUUUGGCUGAAGAUCUGGGGCCACUUUUCGAGACUAUAAUAAGAUGCAUCCCUGGACCACGUAUUGAAGAUGGUGCCCUGCAAAUGCUUGUAACAAAUAUCGAGUACGAUGAACAUAAAGGACGGAUAGCUAUUGGGCGCUUGCAUGCUGGGGCUCUUAAGAAAGGAAUGGAAGUGAAGGUAUGUACCUCAGAAGAUUCUUGCAGAUUUGCAAGAGUAAGUGAGCUUUUUGUUUAUGACAAAUUCUUAAGGGCUCCUGUAGAAAGCGUGGAAGCGGGUGACAUCUGUGCUGUUUGUGGAAUCAACGAUAUUCAGAUUGGGGAGACAAUAGCUGAUAAAUCAUCUGGGAAGCCAUUACCUGCCAUUAAGGUGGAAGAACCGACAGUUAAAAUGGCGUUUUCCAUUAACACUUCACCGUUUGUUGGUCGUGAGGGAAAGUAUGUCACUAGUAGGAACUUGCGUGACCGACUAUACCGUGAGCUUGAGCGUAAUUUGGCUAUGAAAGUUGAAGAUGGAGAAACAGCAGAUACAUUCAUUGUUAGUGGACGUGGUACCCUACAUAUUACAAUAUUGAUUGAAAACAUGCGAAGGGAAGGAUAUGAAUUCAUGGUUGGACCUCCCAAAGUUAUCAACAAAGUUGUAAAUGACAAAGUGUUGGAGCCAUUUGAGAUUGCCACUGUGGAAGUGCCAGAAGUACACAUGGGAGCAGUGGUUGAACUUCUUGGAAAAAGGCGAGGUCAGAUGUUUGAUAUGCAAGGGGUUGGGUCGGAAGGCACCACGCUGCUUAAAUACAAAAUCCCAACCCGUGGUCUUCUCGGUCUACGAAAUGCAAUUCUAACAGCUUCUCGCGGUACUGCAAUCCUCAACACAAUUUUCGAUAGCUAUGGAGCAUGGGCUGGUGAUAUUAGUACUCGGGAUUUGGGCUCACUGGUUGCUUUCGAAGAGGGAACAAGCACUUCUUAUGCCCUUUCUAGUUCACAAGAUAGAGGACAAAUGUUCAUUGCUCCUGGAAUGGAUGUCUACAAAGGUCAGAUUAUUGGCAUUCAUCAAAGGCCCGGGGAUUUGUCCCUAAAUGUCUGCAAGAAAAAGGCUGCGACUAACAUUCGAUCAAACAAAGAACAAACAGUCAUUCUCGAUACCCCGCUGACCUACAGUCUUGAUGACUGCAUCGAGUACAUUCAAGAAGAUGAACUGGUGGAAGUAACGCCUUCAAGCAUUCGUAUGUGCAAAAACCCCAAGUUCUCAAAGAAAUCAAGAUAGACACCAAUGUAGAUAAUACAUCAUGUGAAUCUGCAGAACAGGCUUCACUGCAAAGAAGCCUCAUAGUUAUUAUUUUUUAUAGAUAGCAGAUAGAUUCAACCCAUUUUGUCUCUGCAUCAAUUGACCUCUUUUUAAGUUUAAUGUUUGAUCCAAAACACCUGUAGGCAUCAAAACUCAAAAGGGUAAGUAACAAAUUUUGCAACAUUUGGUUAUAUACAAAAAUGUAAGACAGGUAUCAAUAAUCAGAGUUUGUACUGCCACAAA